ACGCUGCUCUAACUAGUCUACGAAAUGUAAUGUCUCAAUAUAAUUCGCAAACCUCUACAGCAACUACCACUACACCUACCCUAAAAUCAGCGUCUAAAAAUAAAAGAAAAUUUUUCGAGUCAUUAUUAACUCAACAACAAACAAUCGAACAACCUUUAAUAGAAAAAUUGGAAGAUUAUUUGUCUAUACCAAUGACUAUUAAAAAUAAUGCUCUUUUAUG